GAGAAAGAGAGCUCAGUCAAACCAUCAGUGAGAGAUGGUGUGGGAGAGAUGACUCAGAAAAGCUGAGAGGGCUUACAUACAGACCUUGUCAACGAGAUCAGCAGAUUUCGGAAAACUAUCUGACAGCCUUUGGGAUACCACUUCCAAUUCAAGGUAAACUGAGCACAACUACUCACUCGAAGCCACAAUGGCUGACAACAGCAGCCCCCCAUUAUCAUCCUACAUCAUGGAUGAGGAAACUCUGAAGAGAAAACAGAAGGAGAAGUUAAAGAAGCUGAUGGCUACAGGAGGCAACCCGAGGCCUGCACGAUCUCUCCUCUUCUUGACACUAAGGAAUCCCUUCCGCAAGGCAUGCAUCAGUAUUGUGGAAUGGAAACCUUUUGAAAUCAUAAUCCUGCUGGCCAUUUUUGCCAACUGUGUGGCCCUGGCUGUCUACUUGCCAAUGCCUGAGGAAGACAGCAACAAUACCAACAGCAACUUGGAAAGCCUGGAGUACAUCUUCCUCAUCAUCUUCUCCAUAGAGUGUUUCCUGAAGAUUGUUGCCUAUGGGUUUCUUUUUCAUGCAGAUGCAUAUUUAAGAAACUGCUGGAACAUUUUGGACUUCGUUUGUGUAUCUGUAGGGCUGUUUACUGUGGCAGUGGAUGCCAUUAACCACAUCAGUGGAGUGGAGGCUCCAGUAGGUGAAAAAGGAGGUGGCUUUGACAUGAAAGCUCUGAGGGCAUUCCGAGUCCUCCGACCACUCAGACUGGUCUCUGGAGUCCCCAGCCUGCAAGUGGUGAUGAACUCCAUCCUGAAGUCCAUGCUGCCACUGUUCCAUAUCACCUUACUGGUCUUUUUCAUGGUCACCAUAUACUCCAUUAUGGCACUGGAACUCUUCAAGUGCAAAAUGCACAAAACCUGCUACUACACUGGCACAAACAUCAUUGCUACAGUGGAAAAUGAGAAGCCAGCUCCAUGUGCCCAAGCGGGGAAUGGUCGUCGCUGUGCCAUCAAUGGCACCGAGUGUCGAGCUGGAUGGCCAGGCCCAAACCAUGGAAUUACCCACUUUGACAACCUGGGCUUUUCCAUGCUGACUGUCUAUCAGUGUAUCACCACACAAGGGUGGACUGAUGUCCUCUACUGGGUGAAUGAUGCCAUAGGAAUGGAAUGGCCAUGGAUAUUUUUCACCUCACUCAUCUUGGUGGGCUCCUUCUUCGUGCUCAACUUGGUUCUGGGUGUGCUGAGUGGUGAGUUCACAAAAGAGCGAGAGAAAGCCAAGUCCCGUGGAGAAUUUCAGAAGUUGCGGGAAACCCAGCAACUGGAUGAGGACCUCAAAGGCUAUAUGGAGUGGAUCACUCAGGCUGAAGUCAUAGAUAAUGACCAGGAGAGACAGGGCCUGCUACCACUGGAAAAUGGAGGAUCAGAAAAUGGAAAUCCCGUCAAAAUGGACACCAUGCAGUUGAUCAUCUAUUACUAUAAGCUGGCUCGUAAGUGGAACCGUUUGUUACGCCGUAAAUGCAGAGUAUACGUGAAGUCCAAACUGUUCUACUGGUGGGUGAUCAUGCUCGUCUUCUUCAACACACUGGCCAUUGCAACGGAGCACCACAAACAGUCGCAGAGACUAACAAACUGGCAAGACAAUGCCAAUAAGCUGCUGCUGUCGAUGUUUGCCCUCGAGAUGUUCAUGAAGAUGUACGCUCUAGGCAUACCCUCGUAUUUCAUGUCUCUCUUCAAUCGCUUUGACUGCUUUGUGGUGUCCACUGGUAUUAUGGAGCUCAUCCUUGUUCACAUGGGUGUCAUGUCAGUCAUGGGCAUCUCUGUGCUGCGCUGCAUACGACUGCUCCGCCUGCUCAAAGUCACCAGAUACUGGACAUCCCUUAGUAACCUGGUGGCUUCCCUCUUGAACUCGGUCCGCUCUAUUGCCUGCUUGCUGCUGCUCCUUUUCCUUUUUAUUGUCAUCUUCUCCCUGCUGGGUAUGCAGGUGUUUGGUGGGAAGUUCAACUUUCCCAACCAACCCAAACCACGCAGCACCUUUGACAGUUUCCCUCAGGCCCUCAUCACUGUGUUCCAGAUACUGACAGGUGAGGAUUGGAAUGCUGUUAUGUAUGAGGGCAUUAUGGCUCAUGGAGGACCCAGCAUGCCUGGUAUCCUCGUCAGCAUCUACUUCAUCAUUCUCUUUGUCUGUGGAAAUUUCAUCCUCCUAAAUGUCUUCCUGGCCAUUGCUGUUGAUAAUUUGGCCGAGGCUGAGUCUUUGACUUUGGCACAGAAAGAGAAAGCAGAAGAAAAACAGCGCAAGAAAGCCCUCAGGGCUAAUAUGCCUGACAAGGCCUCAGAGGAGAAAACUAACCUGGCAAAAAAGUUGGCCGAGCAAAGGGCCAAAGGUGUCGAAGGUAUUCCUACUACUGCAAAGCUCAAAAUUGACGAGUUUGAGUCUAAUGUCAAUGAGAUCAAAGACCCUUUCCCUCCUGCAGACUUUCCUGGUGAUGAUGAAGAGGAGGACCCUGAAAUGCCAGACAGUCCCAGACCUCGUCCAAUGGCAGAUCUGCAGUUGAAGGAGGAAGCAGUGCCAAUGCCUGAAGCCAGCUCAUUUUUCAUCUUUGGACCUCAGAACAAGUUUCGGAAGCUCUGCCAUCGUAUUAUCAAUGCAACUACUUUCACCAACAUCAUCCUUCUCUUCAUCCUGCUGUCAUCGAUUUCUUUAGCUGCUGAGGAUCCUAUUGACCCGAUGUCUUUCAGAAACCAGGUGCUGGCCUAUGCUGAUAUAGUCUUCACCUCUGUGUUCACUGCAGAAAUUGUGCUCAAGAUGACAACAUACGGUGCCAUUCUUCACAAAGGGUCUUUCUGCCGGAACUCAUUCAACAUCUUGGAUCUUCUGGUAGUCAGUGUAUCUCUCCUCUCAAUGGGCAUGGAAUCAAGUGCCAUCUCAGUUGUGAAGAUUCUCAGGGUGUUAAGGGUACUCAGGCCCCUGAGAGCUAUCAACAGAGCCAAAGGACUCAAGCAUGUGGUUCAGUGUGUGUUUGUUGCUGUCAAGACCAUUGGAAAUAUUGUACUGGUCACGAUGCUGCUGGACUUUAUGUUUGCUUGCAUUGGAGUCCAACUUUUCAAAGGCAAGUUCUAUGCCUGCACAGAUCCAGACAAAAUGACCGAAGAAAAAUGCAAAGGUUGGUAUAUAAAAUACCAGGAAGGAGCACUUCAUGAGAUGGAAGUCCGUGAGAGGGAAUGGACCAACUCUGAACUAAACUUUGACAACAUCUUCAAUGGCAUGUUGGCUCUCUUCACUAUUUCUACCUUUGAAGGAUGGCCAAAGGUUCUAUAUAAAGCCAUUGAUUCAAACUUAGAGGACACAGGCCCAGUGUACGACAACAGAGUGGCCAUCUCAAUCUUCUUUAUCAUCUACCUCAUCCUCAUCGCCUUCUUCAUGAUGAAUAUAUUUGUGGGCUUCGUCAUCGUCACCUUUCAGGAGCAAGGAGAGCAGGAAUAUAAAAACUGUGAGCUCGACAAAAAUCAGCGUCAGUGUGUGCAGUACGCUCUCAAGGCUCGACCACUUCGGUGUUACAUUCCCAAAAAUCCCUACCAGUAUCAGGUGUGGUACAUCGUCACCUCCUGCUACUUUGAGUACCUUAUGUUCCUCCUUAUUAUGCUCAACACCAUGUGUCUAGGAAUGCAGCACUGCAACCAGUCUGCCCAUGUCACCCACCUCUCUGACAUGCUGAAUGUUAUCUUCACUGUGCUCUUCACUGUGGAGAUGAUCCUUAAACUCAUGGCCUUCAAGGCUAAGGGUUAUUUUGGAGACCCUUGGAACAUCUUUGACUUUGUCAUCGUCAUUGGAAGUGUUGUGGACGUGAUCCUAAGUGAAAUUGAUGUGAGUAUGUCUGUGAUGGGCUUCCUCUGGAGCCUCCAUGCACCAUCAGAAGUGGAUCCCAUGCAAGCUAUUGCGUCUUCUGAGAACAUGAGCGUGUCAAUCACAUUCUUCAGACUCUUCCGUGUCAUGCGUCUGGUGAAGCUUUUGAAUCGCUCUGAGGGCAUACGAAAUCUUCUGUGGACCUUCAUCAAAUCUCUUCAGGCUCUUCCUUAUGUUGCCCUGCUCAUUCUAAUGCUGUUCUUUAUAUAUGCUGUGGUUGGAAUGCAGAUAUUUGGUAAAAUUGCUUUGGUUGAUGGCACAUACAUAAACAGAAACAACAACUUCCAGACAUUCCCACAGGCUGUGCUGCUGUUAUUCAGAUGUGCUACAGGGGAGGCGUGGCACGAAGUGAUGUUAGCUUCUAUGUAUGGGAAGAAGUGUGACCCAAAGUCGGACUACCUGCCUGGGGAAGAAUACACUUGUGGAUCCAACUUUGCCAUCAUCUACUUCAUGAGUUUCUACAUGCUCUGUGCUUUUCUGAUCAUCAACCUGUUUGUGGCUGUCAUCAUGGAUAAUUUUGACUACUUGACACGGGACUGGUCUAUUCUUGGACCUCAGCACUUGGACGAGUUUAAGAAAAUUUGGGCAGAAUAUGAUCCUGAAGCCACGGGGCGUAUUAAGCAUCUGGAUGUUGUGACACUCCUGCGUCGAAUACCUCCUCCUUUGGGUUUUGGCAAGUUCUGUCCCCAUCGCAUUGCCUGCAAGAGAUUGGUCUCCAUGAACAUGCCUCUCAACAGUGAUGGAACAGUCACCUUCAAUGCCACACUGUUUGCCCUGGUCAGAACUGCACUGAAAAUAAAGACAGAAGGUAAUUUUGAACAAGCCAAUGAGGAUUUAAGGGCAAUUAUCAAGAAAAUCUGGAAGCGUACCAGUAUGAAACUACUGGAUCAAGUCAUCCCACCUAUUGGAGAUGAUGAGGUGACAGUGGGAAAGUUCUAUGCCACUUUCCUAAUCCAGGAUUAUUUCAGAAAAUUGAAGAAACGACAAGAAGAGUACUAUGGCUAUGGUCCCACUAAGAAAAGUGCUUCUCAUGAGAUACAGGCAGGACUGAGGAAUAUUGAGGAGGAGGCAGCUCCAGAGCUACAUAGGACCAUCUCUGGAGACCUAAUCACAGAAGAAGAGAUGGACCGAGGAGUAGAGGGCAUCCUAAGGAGACAAGGUAGUCUUUUUGGAAACCACUCAGACCCUUUUGCUGAAGGAAGUGAUCUUGCCAGUGCAAGUCAGGCCACUAGCCAGCGCCCCCUGCAGAUGGCAGAAGGAGCCAUUACCAACAGCAACACAAGUCACAGUCAAUAUUAACAGUGCUUUGGAAAAAUUGGCCUUCAUCAUGGAUGUCUGUGUGAGUACUUCAAAAGACUGACCUUUGACUUCAAGCAAAUGGAGAGGAGAGGAGCUUUUCAACUCAUGCAAAGACUGUGUGAACUGUGAUGAACCCCACUUGUGCUCAGUAUAGACUUUGGGCCAGGAGGAAAUAUUAAACCACAAAUUUAUAAUUAUUAUACAGGUUUUAUUUUCUUGCCAUCAUUUUGUCAAAAUAAAAAAAAAAAAAAAAAAAAAACAGUUACUCGAAAUGUAUUUAUUGCAUACAAAAUAUCUCAUGGAAGUUCUAAUUUAAACUUUUCAGUCUGUGUAUGCUGUCUGUGUAUUUGAAUCUAUGGAUGUACUUGACAUUGAAUUGCUUAGUUUCAUUCUUUUUUAGAACUUGUAAACCCGAUAUCGACGUGUUAGCCAAUGAACCCUUGUUGCCACAUAUGUUUAGCUGACACAGUGCAACAUCAGUCUUCAUAUGGGACUGUGUUUCUGUCCAGUAUUCACUUCCUUUAGGCCUUUUUGGUUUCUGGCAACAUCUAAAGGAACAACAUCUGGAUCAAGCUAGGUAGAGUUAAUCACUCAUUUACUACACAUGGUGUCAGAUCUCACAAGGCUUGAACAUUAACUGACAUAAGUGUAGAACUCACAUUGAUGUGAUAUUUUAAUAAAAAUUCACAUUAGAGCAAUUUGUCUGCAAAAGCACAUGUAAUUCACAUCAAAAAAUACAUGAACUAGGUUUCUUUGGUGUUCAUUGUGGAGUAUUUUGAAGUGUUCUUGUGCUUACAAAUCUAAUACACUUCAUUCCAUCAAACAAUA